CAUUUGAAAACCUGAAAUAUAGACAUAACCGGAAAUUAUAUUAUGUCCUAUCUCUUUCUGUUAGCACGCGCAACGUGUGCAUGCAUUGGUUCAGCGCUGAUCAAUUUUAUUUAAAAAGAAAUUGAUUAUCUCGACCAGAAAAAUAAUUAAAUAAUGGCAAGUACAAAAGUUGACAAUCCUGAAAAACCAGGACAAGAAGUAACUCCUAUUCACAGAAUUAGGAUUACUUUAACUUCACGAAAUGUGCGCUCUCUUGAAAAAGUUUGUUCGGAAUUGAUUAAUGGAGCAAACAAACAAAAACUGAAAGUCAAAGGUCCAGUUCGUAUGCCUACAAAGAUUUUAAGGAUAACUACGCGUAAAACGCCAUGUGGUGAAGGAUCAAAAACGUGGGAUCGUUUUCAGAUGCGUAUUCAUAAAAGAGUUAUUGAUUUAUAUUCACCAUCUGAAAUUGUAAAACAAAUUACAAGUAUUUCUAUUGAACCUGGUGUGGAAGUAGAAGUUACUAUUGCAAAUGAAUAAUUUAAAUAAAACUGUAUAAGAUUUUAAUAAAAAUAUAAAAAUAUAAAUAAA